AUGCCAGGCAAAAAAGGUCCAAGAGACGAAUUGUCUGUACCUAGCUCAGUCCGGGUUACUCUAUCGCCCUCAACAAGUGUUUCUUCAUACCGGGAACAGUCCCCAUCAACACGUUCAGCUACUGAAGCAAGAACCUUUUUCCCUCCCACGGAUACCCCUGGUGAAUUAUCUGACACGGACUUAUACCACCACUAUCUACAACAUACCAGCCGGACCUUGACGUACAGCAAAAAUGACCAAAGUGCACUACAGAUCGGCAUACCAACAUUGGCCCUACAGAGCAGAACCGUCUUUCACUCUGUCCUGGCAGCGUCUGCAGCUUGUCUAGCAUGUGAUAUGAUAUCCAGACAACCUCCUGCAAAGGUGGGCGCAGUUAAACAGGCCCUGGUAACUGGUUACCGGCAUUACCAUUCAGCAAGUGAACGGAUGAGAGAGUCAAUGUCCUCCUUGGAUACAUUGAAGCUGGAACCACUGUUAGCAAGCGCUUUGAUGCUGGUGCCUUUUGCUACUGCAAGUCAACAAAUAAACCACUGGCUAUCAGAAAAUGAAGGAGUAGAGGAAGCUAGAAAACCGCUUUCAUCCACACCGAGGGAUAUAAUAGUCAUUAUGCGAGGAAUCAGAGCUACUCUCCAGACCCUGGACUGUGAAAGUCCAGUGUCAGGGAUUGCACCGUCUCCCGUAACGGACCCGGGAAUAGAUGAUCAUUCGAUACUGCCGGAAGCCAGAACCAGGGCAUCAGGUAUAGCCACACCAUGCAACCAUACAAUGGGCCCAAUAAUCGCGUCAACCAGCGAAGAAGCCUAUUCAAAACUCCAGCAACGCUUGGAUUACGCAUUUUAUCACUGGGGUGAUGCCAAUGACACAUUAGCUGCCUGUGCUGCUGCUUUCGACAUAUUAAAGGACAUCAGGAGCAAUGCCUUCUCCCGCUAUUCAUCAGAAUCCUCUCCGUCGUCGAUUUCAUCACUUGACGACGUCUCUCAAGAGCUUUUUGAACCGCAGAGUAUGUCCUUGCCACAAGUAGCCUCAUGGCUUCGAUCAUUUGCAAACCGGUCCGUGGUCCCACAGCCAACAGAGCCAUUGACGCGGUACUUCCUUACAUUCCUUGUUCAGGUUUCUCAAGCGUAUCUAAAUCUUGUUCUCCCGCUCCUUGACAAGAGGCUUGAGAGUCCCGCUGGUGCAGAGUUGGAUGACAGGUCUAUAGAAUUGACGAUGGAGCAAGCUCUUGCGCUGGAUAUAUAUGCGCACUGGUCUGUCCUAAUGUUUUUGGUAGAGGAAGAGUCUUGGUGGAUUGGAAAUCUGCCGUUUGUCACUCUUUCUGGGUUGGUGAAUAGAUUCGGGAACAAUUUUGUGACUAGGCUGUGGCCUGAAGAAGAGAAGGGACGGUGGUGGCCAGGAGGGAUGUUAAACAUAUUGCGAGAGAUUAAGCAGUAUCGAUAG